AUGAAGAAGUACAGACUGAGAAGCAUGGCUUGUCAAGGUGAUGACUACUUAGAUUCCCUUCCACUGCCAGUUCAGCGCAUGCACUUAAUUCAGGUGGAUUCCGUGCAGCGUUGGAUGGAGGACUUGAAGUUGAUGACAGAUUGUGAAUGUAUGUGUAUUCUUCAGUCCAAACCAAUCAGCACAGAGGAGGAUGCACAGAGUGAACUUAUCCUUUCAUCACAACAUAGUCCAUAUGAUAGCUUACAAUUACUGUUAAAAAGAGCUUGGAUCAUAAGCACGGAAUUGACCAGGAUUGCUCAAAAACUAGAGAAGAACAGAUGGCAGAGAGUUCACAGCAUGACAGUAAGAGUCAAUUGUCACGUACGUUCAAUGAUAAAUGAAUACAAUAGCUUCACUAGAAAUUCCUCAGAAGAAAUGCACCAGUUUGAAAAACUUUUAAUUGAAAAAUGUUCGGAAUUUACAGCAGUCACAGAAAGGUGCAUACAAACUGAAGAUGAACAGACAUUACAGUCCAUGAAAUCUUGUAUUAAUGAAACAUUAACCACAGUCGCACAGUAUUUCGGCCAGUUGAUAGAAUUGGCCUUAACAUAUGAGAUACAGAAUCUUGUGAGACAAAUAAACUCAUCAGAUAAUAUAUAUAUCACAGAAUCAUCUACCAUUGGUUUAUUCAGCCUUACCCAAGAGGGUGCUCAAUUGUGCCGCAUCAUAGCUAAGGAAGGAGGUGUUGUGGCUCUCUUUAAGAUCUGCCGCCAGGAUUGUUUCAGGUGCCUUUAUCCCCAGACUCUCAGAACACUGGCAUCCAUAUGCUGUGUGGAGGAAGGGAUUCACCAGCUGGAAAAGGUUGACGGGAUAUUGUGCUUGGCUGAUAUUCUCACAGAUAGGACCCAUUCUGAAGCCACUCGUGCAGAAGCAGCAGCAGUAAUAGCACAAAUCACAUCUCCACAUCUCACUUUCACUCAGCAUCUCAGCAGCUUUCUGGAGAAUAUGGAGGAAAUUGUCACAGCACUUGUCAAAUUGUGCCAAGAGGCCUCAACUGGUGAAGUUUUCCUUCUGGCUUCAGCAGCACUUGCCAAUAUUACGUUUUUUGACACAAUGGCUUGUGAGAUGUUGCUUCACUUGAAUGCAAUGAAAAUUCUUCUAGCAGCUUGUGCUGACAAGCAGAUCGUGGACACUCCAUAUUCUCGAGAUCAGGUUGUGACAAUAUUAGCAAACAUGUCUGUGCUGGACCAGUGUGCUUCAGAAAUAAUCCAAGGAAAUGGAGUUCAGCUUUUAAUGGAAAUGCUCUUUGAAAGAUCAUCUUCUGGGAAUUCAGCAGAAGUCACCGCUUGUGAGCGAGUUCAGCAGAAAUCUGCAGUUACUCUGGCACGGCUGAGCCGAGAUCCUGAAGUGGCACAUGCAGCCAUAAAACUCAGCUGUAUUCCUCGCCUUAUAGAACUCUGCAGAUCACCCGCUGAAAGAAAUAACAGUGAUUCUGUUCUAGUGGCUUGUCUGGCAGCCUUACGAAGACUAGCAGUUAUGAGUCCUGAUGGCCUUGAGGAUUCAGAUUUCCAGCAGUUGGUAAAGCCUAGACUUGUGGAUUCCUUUUUGCUCUGCACAAAUAUGGAAGAGAGCUUUGUAUAAAUGACUAAAUAUAG